GUAGAUGUAUUCACAUUAGUGAAUUUUUAUGUGAGCCUUUGGGGCGUGUUCAUUUAACUACAGAACAACACUUAUCCUAUCCAGAAAUUCCAAACAGAUAUGUUACAGAAAUUCUUGAAGUUGGUGCAAACCACGACGGUUAUUGGAAUAUUCAAUUGCUUGCUAAACAACUUAAACACGCGAUUGAUAUUUUGGAAAUUGCACUCCCCAAUACAAUCUUUGUUUUUGGGUUUGAUAAUAGUUCUAGUCAUGGUGCCUUCGCAGAAGAUGCAUUAGUAGCAA